GUUGGGGGCCUAAGCUUGGUGUCCUUCUACUGCUCGUGUACCGCGCGUCCGCGGGGCGCGCCUCUGCUUCUUGUUGAUGGGGAGCGUCGCAACGGCGUCCCAGAUCCCUCUGCUUUCACUUGUCGGUCCCCCAAAACCCCGUCUGGGACUCCGUGAUGACCUAUCCUACCAGACGCGGACCGCCGAGAUGCGACUCGAGAUGCAGGGAACGCGCGACAAUUGGUGGCUGUGCGUUGCCGCAUAAAUGCAGCUAACACCCUAAGAAAUGGCUUUUGCAUCGCGUACGAGGCCCCUGCGGUGCUUCAUUGCGUUGACGGCGAUCUUGGGUGCCGUUUCGCUCCACACUCCGCAAAAAUUACGGACAACUGCCAGCACGUCGCAGCUCAGCCAAUCAUGCCGCAGCGCGGUUACGCGGCGCAGCGUCAUCCGCUACACCGCCACAGAACCGCUAAUCGAAAUUAGCGACUCGGACACCGCCGGCGACGACGAAAAGAUCUACGCGGCGGCGUCGGCGGCGGCGCCGUCGGGCCUUUUCGGCGCGCGGAGCAGCAUUGAGCCAUACUUGGCGCUGGAGAUUCCGGUCGUCGACGAUGUGGCGACGACCAAGGAGGACGAGGAGGGCUCGUCCUUCGGCCUCGACCUAGAAAUGAGGAGACCGGGCGGUUUCGCGCCGGUUGCGGACGCCUCGGGCAAGACGCAGUCGAAGGACUGGCUCCACUGCCUCUCGACGUGGCCGCAGUCGUACGUGUUGAGACGCAUCAGCAACCCGCUCGCGUCAAUUGUCGUGUGGUCCUCCCUGGUGGCGGCGUGGUACCGCGUCUUCCGGCCCUUCGUCAAGCCGCUCGGCACGGGCAUGCACACGCUCGUCGGUGGCGCGCUGUCCCUAUUACUGGUAUUCAGAACGAACACGGCGUAUAAUCGAUUCUGGGACGGCCGGAGCAUUUUUGGGAGCGUCGCGACGGCGGCGCGCGAUGUUGUUGAAUUUGCUGGUUUAUAUCGGAGAGAAAUCGGCGUCCAGCGCGCGGACCGAAUUUCGUCGCUCCUGAAAGCGUUCCCGAUCGCGCUGCAGCUCCAUUUGCAGGGCUUCCGGUUCUCGCCGACGUCGGGCGGCGCCCCGAGCGCGGCCGAGGCGAAGGACGCGGCCUGCGUCGGCGAAAAAGAGGUGCUGCGCCUCUUCCGGCGCAUGGGCGGUAAGGAUAGCGGCGAAGUCAUCGCGCGCGACGAUUUCGUGCGCUCGCUGAGGAAGAGCCCGGAGGUCGCCGCGGCGUUGGGCGUGCCCACGGAUCUGAAGGCGGAGGAAGCGUUGGACCAGCUCCAUCGCCUGAAAUACGACGCUCCGAGAGAUCCCGAAGCCGGUGUCGGGCUGCGAGAAUUGGCGGCCUACUACGCGCCUCUAGACUUGUGGCGCGCGCUGCGGCGGGCGGGCGCCGAGACGCGCGACGCCGUCGCGCGGUCCUCGAACAUGCCCCUCGCGAUCACGACGAAGAUCGCCCAGGAGAUCAAAAGUGUAUCGUACGCGCCCGACGACUCCUUUACGGUCAGAGAGCGGUUGUACCUGCUCAAGCGCGUCGCGGAUCUACGAAGCACGAUCGCGCGCGCCGAGCGGAUCGUGCAGACACCGGUACCGUUGCACUACGCGCGGCACACGUCGCGCUUCCUGUCGGUGUGGUGCUUCACGCUGCCGCUCUGCCUCGCGCCGACCGUGCCGGCCGUCGUUUUGCCCGUCGUCGUCGGCCUCGCGUCGUGGGCGCUCUUGGGCCUGCGGGAAAUCGGCCUGUUGAUCGAGAACCCGUUCCGGCGGUCGCUCCAGCUCACGCAGUGCACGGACGCGUUAGGGCGGGAGAUCGACGAGACGCUCGCGCUGCACCGGUGA